AUUCCUAUGUUUGUUGCGCACACUAUACAUUUUGAUCUCUGUCCUAACAGUGGUGUAUCCUUUUCUUCUUUAAAGUUGUUCUCUUUGUUUGUGGGUGUUUUCUCUCUAGACUUUCAUUAAUCAGGCCAUUAAACCAUGUCUUCGGAAUCAGCUAAUGCAAUUCAAAGAAGCCAAGUUGAUCUAGUGGACUUUGUUGAUUGGUCUGGAGUUGAAUGUCUUAAUCAAAACACCAGCCAUUCGCUUCCUAAUGCUCUCAAGCAGGAUUAUAGAGAAGAUGAUGGUUUGAAUCUAGAGAGUGAUGCAGACGAGCAAUUAUUGAUUUAUAUACCAUUCACUCAAGUUGUUAAAUUGUACUCUGUCAUCAUCAAAGGACCUGAAGAAGAAGGUCCUAAGACUGUAAAACUUUUCUCAAACAAGGAGCAUAUGGGAUUUAGUAAUGUCAGCGACUUCCCACCUAGUGACACUGCAAUUUUAUCCCCAGAUAAUCUUAAGGGAAAACCUGUAGUCUUGAAGUAUGUCAAAUUUCAGAAUGUUCGCAGCUUGACAAUAUUCAUCGAGGAUAAUCAGUCUGGUUCUGACAUCACCAAAGUCCAAAAGAUCGCUCUGUUUGGAACUACUGUGGAAACAACUGACAUGAAGGGCUUGAAGAAGAUUGAGGAUCAUUAAUAGUGAAGGAGAGGGUUGAAUUUACUUGGAGCCACUGUUAAUCUCCUUAUUUGUGUUUUUCUAAUUUUCAAACAGUUAUACAAACAUCUAACAGUUUGGUGCACGAAAGUUUUAUGGCUGUUUGUUUCAAUCUCUCAUCCUCGAAAUCUGCAAAAUUCCUAGAAUUCUGUGGUGUUUUUAAGCAAGAUUUCCCUUGAUGAUUGCAUAUAUAACCAUGUCCUUUUAGUUA